AUGUCUAAACCCAAACCCUUUAAAUCUCCUUACUGCAAAAAUAUAAAGGCUUCCCCAUCUGUGAGCCUGGCAACGCCUUUCAGUAUAAUAGGCAGGGAUGGAGCAAAUGGUAGCACUCAAAAUCAUUGAAUUGUUUUGGACUUUUCUCACAACCCCCAUCUGGAGAAGACCCUCAUUGUGGUCAUCUGACCUUACCUACUGACCCUUGUGGGAAACAUCAGCAUCAUCCUGGUGUCCCCCAACUUGGACACCCACCUCCACACUCCCGUGUACUUCUUCCUCACCCACCUCUCUUUCCUCGACCUCAGUUUAACCACCAGCUCCAUCCCAGGGCUGCUCUAUAAUCUCAGUGGACACAAGACCAUCAGCGAUAUCCGCCUUUCCAUCCAGCUCUUCCUGUUCCUCAGUCUCGAGGGUGUGCAGUGCUUGCUGCUACCCAUCAAGGCUUAGGACAGGUUUGCUGCUGUCUGCAGACCCCCUCACUACACGGUGAUCAUGAGUCCCAGUCUACUGGGACUUGCUGUCGUAGCCUGGGGGUGUGAAGUGGCUAACUCUUUGAUUAUGUCUCCAGUGACCAUACACUUAGUCUGCUAUGGACACCACCAGGUUUGAUCACUUCCUAUAGAGAAGCUAUCUCUGAUUCAGAUAGCCUGUGAUACAGCAGCCAUUGAGGACAUCAUCUUUGUCUUCAGUGGGCAUUGUGUUGUCACCCUGGUGUUUAUGUUAAUCUUCAAUGGCUGCAUUGUAAGGGCCAAGUUCCAAAUUCUUUCAGUGUCAGGGACAAAGGCCCUUAACACAUGUGGCUCCCGCUGCACGAUGGUCCCCUUCUUUUAUGGAAAUGUCAUGCACCUGUUCAUGCAGCCCAGAAACAGCUCCUCCCAGCACCAGGGCAAGUUCUUCACCCUCCUUUACAACUGCGCCCCACAUCUCAGUCCUUUGAUCCAUAAGCUUAGAAACUAGGAAGGAAAGGGAGCUCCCAGAAGGCAGCUGUGGGGUGACAGAGAAGUCAACAAGAUAUAA